UUGAUCAUUUGCUAUUCAUUGACAUGUUUGAACCCAGUAACACAGACACAGUAAAUAUUUACGAAACUGGUAAUACAGAGAAUUUUUUUGAUGUCGAAUCUGGUAAUGCGGAUAAUUGCUCUAAUGCAUUCGAUCUUGGUGCUCAGGAGAAUUUUUUUGAUGCCGAAUUUAGUAACGCAGAUAAUUGUUCUAAUGCACUCAACCUUGGUGCUCUGGUGAAUUGUUCUAGUGCACUUGACUAUGGUAAUCCGGAGACUUUUUUCGAUGCCAAAUCUGGCAACGCAGAUAAUUAUAUAUUUGACUUUGGCGAUUCGAGAAAUUUUUUUAAUUCGCCUGACUUUGAUAAUCUGGAGGCUUACCUUAAUGCAUUUGGGCCCAGUGACAUUGAGGCUUUUUUAAAUACAUUUGAUUCAAGUAGCCCGAAAAUAGAGAAAACCCCCCCAAAUUCAUCUCCAGAACUACGAUAUCCUAUUGAAUUAAAUAUGAGCUUUAAAGACUGGGAUGAGUAUGUAUUAUUAGGAUUGUUAUUUGAAUUGUGUGAUUUAUCGAAAUUUGAUCAUUUUGGUUUAGCUGAAUCUGAUAAUUCAGAAGACAAUUUGGAAAAUGAUGAUUCAGAGGGAGAUGAUUCAGAAGAAGAUAACUUAGAAGAAACUAGUAUUAGACGAAAAUGUGGAAUUU